AUGGCAAAGAGAAGGAAAAUGUCUGCAAGACAGAGAAUGAUGCAAGACAAGAUGAGAAAAAGAGAAAAGAGGCAAAAGCCUGCAGGAAUUCUGCCAGAUGAAGUCACAGCUUUGACGUCACAACAGUCUGCUGUUCCUUGCGGGACAGUGGAUGGAGCUGAUUCAGCUCCUCCCGGUAAUUUUCCGGGGCUUGGUUCGAUGGGGUUUCCACCUAAAGAGGAAAAACCCCUGGCCAGGGUGCAGGCCUCACCUCGAGUGAAAAUGCAUUCACCUGCCCCGAGGUUGCCAUCUCCUCGGGGAAGUCGUCUGUUUGUCCAUGACGAGGGCAAGGCACCGUCCACUGACUCCCCACCGUGGGUUUGUGCUCCACCGAGGGCACCUGGAUCGGACAUAGUGCAUAUGUCUGAUCCAGCAGGACAGGCGCAGCUGGAUACCUCCAGGAUGGAGGAGACCAGUAGAAUAUCAAAAGAUGAGGGCUCUUUAACGAAUUCUAAACUGGAAACUAUACGAAUAACAAACAGAUACUUGAACGAAAAACCUGAUAUCAUAGAAAGUGUAAACAGAGAAAGAGAUAUGUUGGAGACUGUAGAAAGUAUGUUGGAUUUCAGAGAUGAUACAGAGAUUAUAGAAAAUGAGUGGAGAAAUGAAGGAAAGAAAGAUAUGAAAUUAACAAAUGAACGAAUUUUUCACAGGAAAAAGGGUCAGAACAUAAAAGAUUUGAAGGUACAGAGUAAUCAGAAAGAAAGUACUAGUAUGCAGGAUUGUCUUGCUGAGGAGAAUACAAAUUUAGAAGCAAGAAAUUCAUAUACUGUAUCUGUCCAGGGCUCUUUCCAUCAAGCUGAUCCUAUGUUUGGUGACAAUGCAGGGACUCAAUGUGUGGCAAAUUGUCUAUCAGCUAUAGCUUAUCAUGUUCUGAAAAAUGCAAAAAUCUGGCAAACAGCUGAUGUCAACAAAGUUUUAGUGAAUGGGGACGAACUUUACACAUACCUGCAGAACAGUUCUACAGUUACAAGUAGAUAUUUGUUAGUUGAAGAGUUGCCGCAGUAUUUUGAAUGCUUCAGUAGAACAUUUGAAUUCACGGUGAAGGUAUCAGUAUCAAGUUUAAUCAGCUUAUCAGAGGAGGAGCCAUGUUAUGAAGAUUUUAAUGCUUAUCCCCUUUUUGAAGCUCUGCAAAUGGCACUUCAUGAAACAGUCGGAUGUUUUGUAUGUUUUGGGGGAAAUACUUUGGUAGUUGGAAAGACAACUGAUGGAUUUUUCAUAUUUGAUUCUCAUUCAAGAUGUUCUCGUGGAUAUCUUAGUGUGCAUGGAAAGAGUACAAGAAUUCUAUUGGAGAAUGUUCAUGAUGUUUAUUUGCACCUAAGGUCAUUAGCAAUUUCAAUGGGUUUUUCAAGAACUGUUGAAUGUGAACUAACAGGGGUAUUAUGUUCCCUAAAGAAUUUUGCUAUGGCUGAAGUGUUUGACCAAGAAGCUGAGAGAUAUUUAGGAGCAGAAAUAAGUUUAAAUCAGGAUGCAUUAUCAACAGAACAACCAGAGAUGUUACAGACAGAUGAAGUGAUUUUUGUGGGCGAAGAAAGCAAGCAGCAUGAUUUUAUUCCUUUGUCUGUUCAGAAUCAGAAGGAUUUGUGCAAGAAAAUGGGGCUGUCAUAUGUUGUUUCAGGAUGUGACAACAGUUCAGUAUCUGUAAGAGAUAUGGGUGUGCCUAAGAGCUGUAAAGAUAUUGAAAGAGAUGGAAAUUGCUUUUUCAGGGCUAUAUCAUUUAGCUUGACAAACUCUGAAAAUCAUCACAAACAAAUUCGUGAAGCUGUAUGUCAACACUUGCUUAAAAAUGAAAUAGAAUUUCAACAAUUCAUGCGAACAGAGGGAUCUUUAAGGUCAUACUUGCUUUCAAGUAACAUGACACAUGAAGGUAUAUGGGCAACGGAACUGGAGAUUCUUGCUGUGGCACAUAUGUUGAAUGUAGACAUAUAUACUUACUCAGACAUGAGGUGGCUUCAGUUCAGUGGGCAUGAUCUGUGUGCUGAAUCAGUGAAUCAUAGAGGAGCUAUAUAUUUAUAUCACAGAGAACAGAAUCAUUAUGAUGUUGUUUUGCAAGUGACAUCAAGGUUGGCAGAAAUUGACUGUUUCCUCAUGAAUAAUCCUGGUGGAAGAGAGUAUAUCCUUCGAAAAGAAAACCAAAUGCGUAUGAGAAAUAGGCGCAAAGCUCCAGAAUUAAAAGCGAUUGUGGACUCAAAUGAAAAUCGCAAGACUGCACUAAAGAAAAAAUACCAGAAAAAUGAGGAGUUCAGGGAAAAAAUGUUGAAGCAUAAGAAGAACAUGUAUACAAAAGCAGACUAUAGGUUGAAAGCACAACUGAGCAAUAGGCAUCGUUAUCAUAAAAAUAUUGCUUACCAGUUAAAAUAUGCCUUAAAUGCUGAACACAGAGGAAAAGUGCUGAAAAGGAGCAAAGAAAAGUAUCAAACGGAUUUGAAUUAUAAAGAGCAAAAGAAGAUACAAAGUGUUGGAAAAUAUAACUUGGACUUGAAGCACAGAGAAUGUGCCAAAAAAAGAAGUAAAGAAAAAUACAGAACAGAUUUGAAGCAUCAGAAUAAUGUGAAGGGAGCAAGCGUAAAAAAGUACAAGACAGACUUGGAACAUCAGAAAAAGGUAAAGAAAGCAAGUUCUAAAAAGUACAGGACAAACUUAGAACACCAGAAAAAUGUUAAGAAAGCAAGUACAGAAAAGUACAGGACUGACUUGAAACACAAGAGAAAUGUUAAGAAAGCAAGUACAGAAAAGUACAGGACAAACUUAGAACAUCAGAAAAAUGUGAAGAAAGCAAGUACUGAAAAGUACAGGACUGACAUGGAACACCAGAAAAAUGUUAAGAAAGCAAGUACUGAAAAGUACAGGACUGACCUUGUGCAUAAAGCCAAUUUAAAACGAACAAUAUUGGAUAAAUACAAGGCAGAUGAAUUCUACCAAAAAAAGAACAAAGCUGCCAAUGUCUCUAGGUAUCGAAGGAAUGAAGCUUUUAGAGCUGAAAAGAAAGAACAAGCUCAAAGAAGAUAUCAAUUUGAUGCUGAAGUUCAAUUAAACACGAAGAAUCGUAGCAAGACUAGUUACAAGUCAUCCCCUGACGUUCAAGAUAGAAAAAAGAGAAGAGUACAACAGAAUAGGAAAAUGAAAAAAAUCAACAUGAAACAGGCAGAGGAAGUUGUGAGAUCAUUUAAAGAAAAUGCAUCGAAAGGACCAGAUUAUGCAUGUACCUGUUGUCAUAGGCUGUUGUUCAGAAAUCAAGUACAAGUUUGUGAACAUCAAUUGUAUGAAAAAAAUGAAGCAGCAAGAACUAUCUCGCAUAUUUGUUUGCUUGGCAAGUAUAUCCAUGAAUGUUCUGAAUCAUGUCCAGACACAUGCACCAAAUCAUCAUCAUGGAUUUGUUACACUUGCCAUAGGAAAAUAUUAAGUGGAAAAGCACCACCAGAGGCUGCUGCAAACAAUAUGACUUUAGAGGAUAUUCCACCUGAAUUGGCCAACUUAAACAGCUUAGAACAACAUCUCAUUGCACUUCACAUACCGUUCAUGAAAAUCAUGGCUCUUCCACAUGGUGGACAAAGAAAUGUACACGGACCAGUUAUAUGUGUGCCCUCAGACAUGAGAAAAAAUUCCAGUUUACCAAAGCAAGAGGAUGAUAACUUGUUGUUGCGGGUGAAAUUGAAAAGGAAGCUGGCGUACAAAGGUUAUUUUGAAUAUCAGUUUGUUAAUACAAACCAUGUAAUGUCAGCCCUGUCAUUCUUGAAAGAGAACAAUCAGUGGUACAAAAAUGUCGUAAUUGAAUCCAUUCGGGAAGAUGACAUGGAAAUUCCUGGGCAAAUGACUGAUUGUGAAGAAGAAAAUGAAGAGAGUAAUGAAAACGAUGAUCAAAUGAUUGCAUUUGACACUUGUUUACAACCCGUAGAUGUUGCACAAGAAGUUUUGGACCAUUAUUUCGAUGAUGUGUACAACAUUGCACCAGGUGAAGGGAAGAAUCCUGUGCGAAUGCUACAAGAGCCUGGAAAUGAGGCAAAAGCGUUUCCUUGUCAUUUCCCAAGCGGAAGAUUUUCUUGGAAUGAAGAAAGAUCACAAAAAUUAACACUAUCUAGGUAUUUUAACAAUAGGGUAAUGAAUGCAGAUAAUAGGUUUGCAAAGGACACAAAUUACAUUUUCUUUAGCCAGUACAUGUCCGAACUCAACCAAGUGAUUGAAAAAACUCAGAUUUCACUCAGAAAAUCUUUGUCAAAAUGUUCUAGUGGGAAACCAGUGACAGCAAAUAUGCUUCAAGAUCCUUCUACGCUCUCUAGUUUGUUGAGGAAUGAUGAGGCAAUAAGGUUCAUGCAGCCGAUAAGAGGAACACCCGCAUAUUGGGCAACUGCUCAGAAAGAUCUCUUUGCAAUGUUGCGGCAGUUAGGAAUACCUACGUGGUUUUGUUCGUUUAGUGCAGCAGAAUAUAGAUGGAAUGAUGCAGUAAGGGCUAUAUUAAGGCAGCAGGGUGAUGACAGGAAUCCGGAUGAAAUGGAAUGGUCAGAAAAGAAUGAAGUUUUGCGAUGCAAUCCUGUCACAGUUGCUCGAAUGUUCGAACAUAGAUUUCAGGUAUUUCAUAGAGAGGUCAUUCUUUCACCUUGUGAACCAAUCGGAAAAGUGGUAGACUUUUUCCAAAGAGUCGAGUUUCAGCAGAGGGGAUCACCACAUAUGCAUUGUUUAUACUGGGUUGCAAAUGCACCUAACAUUGACUCUGAUGGAGAGGAAGUUGUGUGUAACUUCAUUGACAAAUAUGUAACAUGUGGCAUACCCUCGGAAAUUGACGACGCAGAGCUGAGAAAAAGUGUUCUGGAUGUACAGCAGCAUAGCAAGAAUCAUUCAAAAUCUUGCAAGAAGAAAGGCACUGACUGUAGGUUCAAUUUCCCAAGGCCUCCAUCCCAAAGGACAUUUAUAACAAUUUCCUCAGAAGAAGAGAACAUAGAUACAUGUAAGUCUGAAACAGAGGUUAGAGAGGAGAAAGUAAACAAAGCAUAUGCAAAGGAAAUUUUGAUUAGUGUAUGGGAUAAAAUACAAAAUGAUGGCGAAGGAAAAACUACAAGAGAAGUAUUUGAUGACCUUUCACUAACUCAGGAACUAUACGAAGAAGCUUAUAAUAUGUUAACCGCAAGGAGGUCAAUUGUUCUCCAACGUAACCCAAAUGAGGUAUGGACGAACCAAUAUAACCAGUGUCUCUUGAAAUGUUGGGAUGCUAAUAUGGACAUUCAGUUUGUCUUGGAUCCAUUCAGUUGUAUUGUUUACAUCGUUUCGUACAUAUCAAAAUCAGAAAGGGAGAUGGGCAUGUUACUGAAACAAACAAAAAUAGAGGCAGAGGAGGGAAAUCUCAAUGCUCGACAGACAAUGAAGAAAAUUGGUUCAGCAUACUUGCAUCACAGAGAGGUCAGUGCUCAGGAAGCUGUUUAUAGGGUGUGCAAUCUUAAAAUGAAAGAAUGUUCGAGAAAAGUUGUUUUUAUUCCCGUUGGUGACAAUCCAUUACGCUUAAGCAAACCACUGUCUUUGAUCAAAAAGAAAUCAAAUGAUGAAGAAAUAAUCAGUGAUGAGGAUGAUGAUGAAAAUGAUAUCUGGAUGACAAACAUAAUUGAGCGUUAUGAGAACCGUCCUGAUAAGCCAAUGUUCCAUGACAUGUGUCUCGCCAACUUCUGCUCUGAAUUCAGAGUACUUGCUAAAUCUCAAGUUCCAAAAAAAGAAAACGAAAAUGUGUUUGAAUUGCAGAAUGGUAAGGGAUAUGUGCAACGCAGAACAAGAACACAACAUGCUGUCAUAAGGUAUCCAAGAUUCAAUGUUGAAAAUAUGUCGGAAAAAUAUCAUCGAUCUAUAUUGCAACUUUUUCUUCCUUACCGAACAGACAAACAAUUGAAGCCUCCAGGAUUUGAAUUAUAUGAGGACUUUUAUGAAACUGGUCAUGUGAAAAUUAAAGGGACAAGGCGACUGCAAUCAGUGAAAUCAAUAGUAGAUUUGAAUCGAUCCCAUUAUGCACAAAAUGAACAGUCCUUGGACAUAGCCCAAGAAGCAUAUGAAAUGAAUGGUGAACCAGAGGAUGCGUGGUCACGCAUAUGUCCAGAAACAGAAGUACUAAGGAGAGAAGGUAUAGCACAGAGGAAGGAAAACACAGUGCAACAAGAGAAUGAUGGGGAGGCUAUACCAGAUAUGGAAAGUGAGAUGAAUAAUGCAGAUGUGCUGUAUCAUGUUCACCAAAAUGUUAUUUCAAGAGAUGAAAUGUUACCAGUUCUCCAAAAUUUGAAUGAAAAACAGAGUGAGAUAUUUUAUUUGCUUCGAGAGUGGUGUUUAGCAAAGAUUAAUGGCAAGAAAUGUGAACCCUUGCACUUAUUUGUGACUGGUGGUGCAGGUACUGGUAAAAGUCAUCUUAUAAAAGCAAUUCAUUAUGAAGCGUCACAUUUGCUUUCUAGAAUGACUUCUGAACCAGAAAAGGUUACUGUACUCCUUUCGGCAUUCACGGGAACAGCAGCCUUCAACAUUGGUGGAAAUACGCUUCAUCAUUUAUUUUCACUUACAAAAUAUCUGCCUUUGCCAUAUGAGCCAUUAGGAGAACAAAGUCUUAGUGAAAUGAGAGUCAAGAUAGGUGACAUACAGAUUCUUAUCAUUGACGAAAUAUCAAUGGUAUACAAAAAGCUUCUGUAUUAUGUACAUGAACGGCUAGUGCAAAUUAAAAAAUGCAAAGAUCCAUUUGGAGGUGUUUGUGUUAUCGCAGUGGGGGAUUUCUAUCAGCUUCCUCCUGUUAAGCAGCGGAAGAAUGAGAGACUCUAUAAAGAAAAUUUGACGUAUCCUGUUGAUUACUGGUUUGACUGUUUUAAAGUCAUCGAAUUAAACGAGAUAAUGAGGCAAAAGGAAGAUGCGUCAUUUGCUGAGUGGCUGAACUCUCUUCGUGUAAGACAGACAAAUGAGCCAUUAACAGAGGAGCAAAAUCUGAUGUUAGAACGGUGUCUCAGAGAAGGACCAGAGGAUGUUCUUCAUGUAUUUUGCACGAACGAAGAAGUGAACACGUUCAAUUUGACAAUGAUAAGAAAGACGUGUGAAGAUUUAUUAGAAAUUGAUGCUGAAGAUUAUAAGAAGGACAAAACAUCUGGGAAACUGAUUCAGAGAAACAAACCCUUCAUAAAAUCAACAAGUGAUAUACUAGUGAAAUUCAACAUUGAAGCAAAACUAGGAGAAUAUGUGAAGAUAAUGAAUCGAGAGGCAGGGAACAGGAUUGAGUAUCAUGCCCUGAAACAAACCAGCAAUAAACGCGAGUUUGUGUACAAGUGGGACUUAGUCAACCCCUAUCACUGCGUGGCUUCCUCAGCCUCAUGUCCCCAGUUCCUAACUGUGGUGGACCUUACAGAACAACCCACCAUAACUAUGACGUGGGAUGGCUGGGGUAAUGACUUGUCAGGUUUGCUGAGAUAUGAAUAUGAGAUGUAUCAACUCUGCCAUGAUGGAUUUGAACUCGGAGAAAAUCAUGGGAAAGUAGUCAAGAGCCCAACCACUAUCAACCUCAAUGAUCCAACU